AUGAAGGAUAUCGGGAUCAAACACGUUGAAAUUGUUCCAGCUGAAACGGUAUUGGAUUUUAUGGGACGACUUCAAUCCUCUGCCGAUGACACGCCUAGUACUACUGCUACAAGCAGUGGUGGUGAUAUCGAUUAUGAUACCAUGUCAGAUGGUGUGACAUUGAAAGGCGAGGCAUUAUUUGCAUUGAGUCGUCCUCUCAAGAUUCGAAGCAUGGUUGUCAAGCUGAAAGGCAUGUCAAGUACGAGUUUCCAAGGCAACAUUUUAGAAUCACCCAUCCUUCCAAAGCUCAAACAAGCAUUGUUUGGUAAAAUGACAUUACCUGCAGGCGAGCAUGUCAUUCCUUUCUUGUUGGAAAUACCCAACAUUUACCCACCUUCCCUCAAAACCAAACGCGCUAGUAUCGCGUACAAGAUUGAAUUAUCCAUGGCAGUGGGCCUACAAAAGAAAUACGUUACUGCUGAACAUCCAAUUCAAAUACGUCGACAUCAACUUUUCUCCUCUUCAUUUUCCUCAAAGUCUGAUACCCUUUUAAUGGAGCAUCGGCUCUAUGAGAAUACAAUCCCGGCAAGGUUUCAUUAUGAGAUUGAGGCUCCUCAAGCAAUCUCCUUGGAACAGGCAGCAAUCCCAGUCUCUAUACGAUACCUAUGCUUUGCUACACAAAAAUCCGUACGCCGCAUCCGUACUCAAUUAAAACAAAUAGAAAUGUACAGCUCGGACUGCAAAAGCGUCAAUCGUAAACUACAAAGCAUGGGGGAUCAUCAUCAUCAUCACGUGGUAUUUCCUAGCAACAACAACAACAGCAACCGUAAUCAUAAACGCUACAUCAAACGCACCAUCCCUGCCCUUUUUCAUACUGUGGAAGCUGCUAUGGAACGAUCUACUUGGACACGACCACUUCAAAUACAGCACAAUAUGCACAGGAUCAACGUGACACCUUCUCUUGAGUCGCCCCUUAUUAGCGUAUGCCAUGAAUUGGAAAUUACGUUUCAAUUUGAGCAUCAAUUUGAAGACAUCAAAGCCAAAAUACCCAUUAUCCUUGCAUCUACACCAGAACAAGAAAAACAGCAACAGCAGCGGCGGCCUUCUACUACUAGUAGUAAACUUGAAUGGGACGAGGAUGAGGAAGAAAAAGAGUACGACAACAACAACCCCCAGGGAUACUAUGCAGAACAACAACAACUACGCCAAGGAGUGAUAAAAGAUCGACCUCUUCAAAUACCGCAUUUUCGCCAUAUCCUUGCUUCCUCCUCUUCAGCUGUCAAACAUAGUUUGGAUGAAGAUCGGCUUGGUAUUAAUAAUAGCCGAAUUGGUGAUUGCCGUCGUGUACCACGCAAGUCGCCUUCAGCCAGUGAUUUAACCUCUCAUCAUCAACAUGAACCCAAGUAUGGUGACCAUGAACAUGAGUAUGAUCAAGAGGUAUAUCAAAGUCAUCACCAGAUGCAGCUUCCAAUCAAGCACAAGCAAAGGAGAAAGCAUUCUUUGCAACCUAUCAAUGUGGAUCUUGCCAACUGCACCUACAGCAACAAUCACCCUACCAAAGCAUCCACCACCAUGAAGCAAACCACCACCAAAAACAAAAAUCGUAUGCAAUUGGGUGAAGAUCACAUGACUCUCCAUACGCGUCCACCAUCCAUGGUUUAUAGUAAUGCACCCGGUCUUCCGGCAGCCACUGAAUUACGUCCUCAAGAAGCUACCCCUACAUCACUACUUGAAGAAUCAUUCAUCUCUGAUGUUGAUGAUCAUUUUAAACGUGGUGAUCGUUCACCUGACCUUGCUACGAUUGCCUCCUCAACAUUACUUUCAUCGCCUCGCACCGUUGUAUUCACCACCACCACCACAACAACAACACCUGAUCAGAAAGCGUUUUUGAAUACUACGAUGGAUAACGAAAAGGAGGAGGAGGAGGAUUCAAAUAAAGAAAACAAGGGCGGGAGACAUAAAUCAUUUGGUAUGCCUGCUCCUCCACCUCCACCUCAAACGCCUUUACCACCCAUCCCAUUGGAUAUUGUUGUUGCCAAGCAAAAAGAGGGUCACCAUCGCCAUGGAAAAAAGAAUAGCACCUUUUCUCGUACACGUCAACGACAAUACGAUGACGACCGUCGCAAAACAAAACUUUAUAUAGAAGAUAGUGAUGAAGAAGCUGUUGUUUGA